ACGCAUAGCCGACCGCCAGAUCCAUCGUGAAACGCCGGCCAGGAGACCCCCGACCUCUCACGGACCCUCAGCCCUGUCUACACAGGGCCCGUCUCUGCACAAACACGAGAAGGCCGAGCUCUGGCUCACCGUCCAGCCUGUCUCUGGACUCAGGACAUCAGAGAUGCCCACUCUGCCGGGGCGACUCCACACCGUCCCUCUUCCAAGCAGCCCUGGGUUCCACAGCAGGAGGAACAGCCAUGAGGGCCGGAGCUUUCCCACCCCUCGACUCGCCACCCACCUGAGCUGAGGUGGAGGAGCACGGCAUGGAGCUGCCUCUGUGCACCCACCCGGGAGUGAGUUCUUGCUGCGCCUUUCAGGGGACGCAUGGUGACACCCGGCCAUCCAGAGCGCCACCACGCAGGCCGACAGGCUCAGGGCAGGCAUUGCACCCGGGCCGGGCCUUUGCAGGGUGAGCUCAAAGUGAGAGUGACAGCUUCGCCGGCACAGCCGGUCAUGGCCACCUCACCCCCGUGGUGUGUGUCUAGAGAAGGGACAGAACUGCCCACAUUGGGGACGUCCUGGCUGCUCUCGACGCAGAGCAGGGGGACCAGCGUGUGCUGUGUGAGUCGUCCCCGGGCUCAAGCUGCACCUGACAGUGGGAGCGGCCCGAGAAGCAAGAUGGUGCAGAGCGUCGGAGACCUGCCUGGCAGCUGGGAGGGUCCUUGCUGCCCCGCUGCCGAGGCUGUGGCAGGGGCUUCGUGUGCUCCUGGGGCUCUGUGGGAAGGCCUGGCUUUGGGCCUUGGUCUGACCUGAACCGCCGGCCGGCCGUGCCUGCGAUCUGGCCGGCUGUAAGGCUGAGUGGUUGGGUACACAGGGCCCUGUCGGGGGUCUCUGUCUCUCUCUCAUGAAAAAAAGCAGCAAACUUCAGGACAAGACUUCUAGGCCAUACAUCCCUUUGAAAAGCGAGAGCUUCUCUUCUCAAAGUGACCUGCACUUCGAACGUCACGCGUGGUCUCCAGACCUCCUUCAUGCCCGGGGGGCGGGGGGGUCACAGCCCCUCCUGGAAACACCCUGCCAGCCCCCGCGCACGUGGCCCUGUGCUGAAGGAGGGGGGUCCAAGCAGGGCGGAGCAUGGAGGGAAGAUCACCCACCGCAACAUCGGGCAUCCUGGGAAACCGCGGACGCCUCUUCUCACCUGGGGACUAUCGGAGGUCACAGCUCCCGCCACCCUCGCCUGAGGGGAGGCCAGGGACAGAGGGCAGCAGGGGAUAAACAUGCAGCCAGAGAGAAGCAGAUGCGACCCAUCCUCCGGAAAGGGUCCAGCAGCAGAACCAGAGGAAGUCACGGCCAUGGGUUCCCCACCUUCCCCAGCCGACAGGGCCAGGCUGGACCAAGACACCAGAUUGCCACCCAGAACGCAGGGACAGUGCAUUCCACAGCCGAGCCUGCGCCCUGAGUUAGCUGGGGUAUCUCGGUGCCAGAGAGGUGCAGGCCCCAGUCGGGAGAGGCCUUCGACACGCCCAAGAGCUCUCCACAGCCUGCCGGGUCCCACGGCGCUGACCGCAUCACUAGCCUUUCUGUCACCCCCCCGCUCGGAUCUCGGAUGUCAGAAAGGGCUGAGCCAGAGAAGCGGGCCAGGCACCCUCCCAUGCACCGCCACCCUCCGCCUCGCCCUGAGUGCAUCGGGCAGGGCUGAGUUGCGGCCUCCCACCACACCCAGCUCUCGAGCCAUAGCCCAUGCUUGGGGACCUCCCCUCCAGCCUGGCUGGACAUUUCCUGCAGCCGCUUCCCGCCCCAGCUCCUGCCAGGCCGCAUUCCAUGUUCCUUGCUGUGCACGCUUGCUGGAGACAGCCGUGCAGCUGCCCCUGGCCUCUCGGAUCCUGCAGGGUCUCGGGACCCUCGGGCGAGCCCUAGGCUCAGCCUGGGAGACAAAGGAGUCUCUCAGAGCCUGCCGAGUGCUUCCUCAGCCCGCACCCGACCGACCUCGCAGAGUCCCAGAGCACCCCGUCUGUCACUCCCGAGCUGUGCGAGUAUCCGCGGAGGAAGGGCCGGCCGGCCUCUGGCAUGGAGACCUCGGGGGUGGGUGGGCUGAGCCCGUGUCUCACCGCCUGCUCCCCAGGCCGCUCUCACGGUGUUGGCCACGGGGCCCGAGCAUCACAGUAGGCUUGGUGCUGAGCACAUCUCAAAGCACCGGCUGCCGCAGGAAUUUUGUGAAAAAGUGGAAUGAAGGCAUGAGUUCCCUUGGUGCACAAAUUCUGAAACUCACGCUUACACCCACCAAGCGCAAUUUCCACGGGCUUCCGAGGGCCUCAGUAUUUGCUGACCGACUAACUCAGGCAGGAAGGGGUCGGCCCCGCGAGCCGGGCCAUGGGUCAGCGAAAUGCGCUCGCCGCUUUUCGAGCACGUAAACUGCUAUUCUUUAUAGGGUCCCCGUGCCUCAGAGCUAACGUCAUCUGGUCCCCAGAACGUGACUCUGAGCGUUUUCUCUGUGGUGGGGACGGAGACUUCAGGGCCGAUCUGCCCUGCUGUCUGCUGGGACAGCUAAUCACCACAUCGGCCACUGCCUGCCCACACCACGGGCCCUGAAGCAAAGGCCCCCCCAACAUGGUGACAUUCCAAAGGCGGGGACCCUGCCACCCGGAGCCCACAGCAUGGCCUGCUCAUCUGACAGACCCGGCCAGGGAGGCGUGACCAUGUGACGCACUCUCUGGAGUGCCACCAACCGGUGCUGGAAGGCAUCUGCUUUAGAAGCGCUUCAAAGAAUCCGCAGAAGGCCCAGAAGCCCCACUACCCGAGCCCCCUGCUCAGUGAGCCGACAGCAGGGGCAGGGAACACCGGAGCGGCGGCCAGGAGAGAGACUGGCACCAUGAGGACAGUCGCUGAGCUCAGACCGCCUCGGCUGGAUGACCUCCCGCGG